AUGUGUGCUAGACAACAUCGAUUUGAUAGCCCGAAACCUAGGAGCCUGUUGGACAACGAGCGAGAUCUCGUGACAGAUUUGCCUGGACAGCCUGAUGUGAAUUUCAAACAUUAUGCUGGUUAUGUCCCUGUCGACGAAUCCAACGGAAGAGCAAUGUUUUAUUGGUUCUUUGAGGCCAUGGACCUCCCCAAGGAGAAACCUCUAGUUCUCUGGCUUAAUGGAGGCCCAGGUUGUUCUUCGGUGGGAUAUGGAGCAACACAAGAAAUCGGUCCUUUUCUCGUGGACACCAACGAAAACGGACUUAAAUUUAAUCCAUACGCAUGGAAUAAAGAGGCCAACAUGCUGUUUUUAGAAUCUCCCGUCGGUGUUGGCUUUUCGUAUUCAAACACAACUAGCGAUUAUCAAAAACUCGACGACGACUUUACAGCAAGAGACGCAUACACUUUUCUUCGCAACUGGUUCGAGAAAUUCCCAGAACACAAAGACAAUACGUUCUACAUCGCAGGCGAAAGUUACGCAGGAAAAUACGUACCCGAGCUAGCAGAGGUCGUCUACGAUAACAAUAACAAGAACAACGGUUCAUCGUUUCACAUCAAUCUUAAGGGUAUUUUGUUAGGAAAUCCUGAGACAUCAGAUGCAGACGAUUGGAGAGGUUGGGUGGAUUACGCGUGGAGCCACGCAGUGAUAUCGGAUGAGACGCAUAGGGUCAUAACCAGGACUUGUAAUUUCAGCAGCGACAAUACUUGGAGCGACGACGAAUGUUCUGAGGCCGUAGCAGAAGUUCAAAAGCAGUACAACGAGAUCGAUAUCUAUAGCCUCUAUACCUCGGUUUGUAUAGGAGAUUCUGCAAGAUCUUCUUACUUGGAUUCAACAAAAUUCAAAACCAAUUCUCAUAUUAGCUCCAAGAGGGUGCCGCCAAGGCUGUUGGGUGGAUAUGACCCGUGCUUAGACGACUACGCGAGAAUAUUUUACAACAGAGCAGAUGUUCAGAAGGCUCUUCAUGCUAGCGAUGGAGUUAAUCUCAGGGACUGGAGGAUUUGCAACAUGGAAAUCUUUCAUAAUUGGACUUAUACAAAGCCUUCGGUUUUGCCUAUAUACGAGAAACUAAUCGCCGGUGGAUUAAGAAUAUGGGUUUACAGUGGUGACACAGACGGAAGAGUUCCGGUACUCGCGACUCGGUAUAGCUUAAGCGCACUCGAAUUACCCAUCAAGACAGCUUGGAGGCCAUGGUACCAUGAGAAACAGGUAAGUGGGUGGCUUCAAGAAUACGAAGGUCUAACGUUUGCUACGUUCAGAGGAGCUGGACAUGCGGUGCCUUGCUUCAAACCAAGCAGCUCUCUCGCGUUUUUCUCGGCCUUUCUCAACGGAAUUCCUCCACCGCAUUCACGUUAA